UGGCCCAUAUCCGGGAAGCCCUCCGUAGCGGAGACACCGACAAAAUGGCGGCGCCGAACUGAGAGGCCUGUGGCGGCGGCAGCAGGCGCUGGCGGAGGGACCGACGAGCCGCUGCCGGCAUCGCGGAGGGCCGCGCGGGCGGGGCCGAGCUCCGUGCGCCCACGCCCGGGCCCGGGGCGCUGCUGCCGCCGCCGCCUUCUCGCCGCAGUUUGACCUGUUUUGAAAAGAAAUGAAAAAGUAUUGGUUUAACUCCUUUAGGGAAGUGGAGGACUUCAGCAGCAGAAACAUCUACAUUAACAAACAGGAUAGCUGGUUUGGAUUGUGACAAACUCCAGGGCUACAGGAACCAUGGUUUCACAGUGAAGAGCUGCUGCUUUCACAAGUUCUGAAACUACCAGCCAGUCUUCCUUGAAUUUUGGUGUGUGCGAGUCCUUGGUGGAGGUUGCAUAUAUACAUGUUUUCAUGAAGAGAAGUGAGAAGCCAGAAGGUUAUAGACAAAUGAGGCCUAAGACUUUUCCUGCCAGUAACUAUACUGGCAGCAGCCAGCAGAUGCUACAGGAAAUACGAGAGAGCCUCAGGAAUUUACCUAAACCCUCAGAUGCUGCUAAAGCUGAUCACAGCAUGGGCAAAAUGUUGUCUGAAGAUCACAGGCAAGGCCGAAAUCCCCCCAAAUUUGUAACGUAUCAUAAAGUUUUGCAGGAGAUUAGAAACUCACUUCUGCCUUUUGCAAAUGAAACGACCUCAGCUGUCAAAGGAACAUCAGAAGUUAAUCGACAAAUGCUGCAAGACUUACAAGCUGCUGGCUUUGAUGAGGAUAUGGUUAUACAAGCUCUUAGACAAACCAACAACCGUAGUAUAGAAGCUGCCAUCGAAUUUAUAAGUAAAAUGAGCUACCAGGAUCCUCGUCGGGAACAGAUGGUUGCAGCAGCAGCGAGACCAGUAAACGCAGGUAUGAAACCACCAGCAGGGACUGUACAGCAGUCAGUUAACCGCAAGCAGAGCUGGAAGGGUUCUAAGGAGUCUUUGGUUCCUCAGCGGCAUGGCCCUUCCCUGGGAGAUGCUGUAGUUUAUCGCUCAGAAAGUCCCAGCUCGCAGCCUGAUGUAGGAAGGCCGUUAUCUGGAUCUGGCAUUGCAGCAUUUGCUCAGGCUCAUCCCGGCAAUGGACAGAGAGUGAAUCCCCCGCCUCUACCACAGAUAAGGAGUGUCACUCCUCCUCCUCCACCUCCUCGAGGACAGACACCCCCUCCAAGGGGAACUACUCCUCCACCUCCUUCCUGGGAACCAAACUCUCAGACAAAGCGUUACUCUGGAAACAUGGAAUAUGUCAUCUCCCGUAUUUCUCCGGUGCCACCGGGAGCAUGGCAGGAUGGUUAUCCACCUCCACCUAUGAAUCCUCCAUCCAUAAGUUCUUCCACGCCGGGUCAGAGAGGCAUGAGCGCUGUCCCCAUUGGCAGGCAACCGAUAAUCAUGCAGAGUUCUGCCAACAGCAAAUUUAGCUUUCCCUCAGGAAGAGCUGGAAUGCAAAAUGGCAAUUGUCAGACAGAAUUCAUAGUUCACCAGAAUGUGGUGUCUGGGAACUCAGUGAGUCGCCAGCCACCCCCGUACCCCAUGAAUCCAACUAACAGGCAAAGUCCCACAGCACUACAGAUGCAGGCAGGAGGAUCUGCUCCUCCAUCAGCUUACACCAAUGGGAAUCUUCCUCAGGCAAUGAUGGUGCCAAAUAGAAAUAGUCACAACAUGGAACUUUAUAAUACAAAUGUAGCUGGAAUACCUGCGUCCUGGUCACAGCCUUCCCCUGUGCAACCACAGGCAUCACCUGGCAACGGGCAUGACGUGCCUACAUGGCAACCCAACGUUCCCGUACGGUCAAAUUCUUUCAACAACCAUCAUGGAAGUAGGCAGAGUCACUCUAGCAGCUCUCAGCCUUCGGCUACAACAGUAACAGCUAUAACGCCAGCUCCCAUUCAGCAGCCAGUGAAAAGUAUGCGUGUGUUAAAACCAGAGCUACAGACUGCCUUAGCACCCACUCACCCUUCCUGGAUGCCACAACCAGUGCAAACCGUUCAGACCAUUCCCUUCUCUGAGAGUCCAUCUACAAACAUGGCAGUUAUGUCUUCUGUUGCAGAGGCUCCAAAUUACCAGGGUCCCCCACCACCUUACCCAAAACACUUGUUACACCAGAAUCCCUCUGUCAAUCUGUAUGAGACAGGACCCAAGCUCAAUAAGGAGGAACCACCUGUUUUAUCCAAGGAAGAUGAAAGUGAAAAGAAUUAUGAAUGUGUUGAUUCAACAGACAAAGAAAAGAAACAAAUUACAACAUCACCUGUUCCUGUUAGAAAAAACAAGAAAGAUGAAGAAAGAAGAGAGUCUCGCAUUCAAAGCUAUUCCCCUCAGGCCUUUAAGUUCUUCAUGGAGCAGCAUGUGGAGAAUAUACUUAAGUCACAUCAGCAGCGUUUGCAUCGGAAAAAGCAACUAGAGAAUGAAAUGAUGAGGGUUGGAUUGUCACCAGAAGCCCGAGAUCAAAUGAGGAAAAUGUUGUGCCAGAAAGAGUCUAAUUAUAUUCGGCUAAGAAGAGCUAAAAUGGACAAGUCGAUGUUUGUAAAAAUUAAAACUCUGGGAGUUGGUGCAUUUGGAGAAGUUUGCCUAGCAAGAAAAGUGGAUACUAAUGCUUUAUAUGCAACAAAAACUCUGAGGAAAAAAGAUGUGUUGCUCAGAAAUCAAGUUGCUCAUGUUAAAGCUGAGCGGGAUAUCCUUGCAGAAGCUGAUAAUGAGUGGGUGGUUCGGCUGUACUAUUCAUUCCAAGAUAAGGACAAUUUGUACUUUGUAAUGGACUACAUUCCAGGAGGUGAUAUGAUGAGUCUCCUAAUUAGAAUGGGUGUCUUUCCAGAAAAUCUGGCACGGUUCUACACAGCAGAACUGACCUGCGCAGUUGAAAGUGUUCAUAAAAUGGGCUUCAUCCACAGAGAUAUCAAACCUGAUAAUAUCUUGAUAGACCGCGAUGGUCAUAUUAAAUUGACUGACUUUGGCCUCUGUACAGGUUUUCGAUGGACUCACGACUCAAAAUACUACCAGAGCGGUGAUCACGCACGUCAAGACAGUAUGGAUUUCAGCAAUGAGUGGGGUGACCCGGCAAAUUGCAGGUGUGGAGAUCGGCUGAAGCCACUUGAACGUAGGGCUGCACGUCAGCAUCAGCGCUGUCUGGCCCAUUCUCUUGUCGGCACGCCCAAUUACAUUGCGCCAGAAGUAUUGUUACGAACAGGUUACACACAGUUGUGUGACUGGUGGAGUGUUGGAGUAAUUCUCUUUGAAAUGUUAGUGGGGCAGCCUCCGUUCCUGGCACAAACACCACUGGAAACACAAAUGAAGGUUAUCAACUGGCAAACUGCACUUCAUAUUCCACCUCAAGCUAAAUUGACUCCAGAGGCCUCCGACCUUAUUAUUAAACUCUGCCGAGGGCCAGAAGAUCGUUUAGGCAAAAAUGGUGCUGAUGAAAUAAAAGCCCAUCCGUUUUUUAAAACAAUUGAUUUUUCAAGCGACCUACGGCGGCAGUCUGCUUUCUACAUUCCCAAAAUUGCUCAUCCUACAGACACGUCAAACUUCGAUCCAGUUGAUCCAGAUAAAUUGUGGAGUGAUGAUGAUAAGGAAGGGAAUAGAAAUGAUACGCUUAAUGGGUGGUACAAAAAUGGAAAACAUCCUGAACAUGCUUUUUAUGAAUUCACCUUCCGAAGGUUUUUUGAUGACAAUGGUUACCCAUACAACAAUCCAAAGCCCAUUGAGUAUGAGUAUGGUAGUUCCCAAAACUCAGAACAGCAGUCAGAUGACGACGAUGAUGAUGAACAGGCAGGUAGAGGAGUUAAAAAUCGUGACCUGGUUUAUGUUUAGUAGAGGAAUAAAAAUUAAAAACUAAAUAAACUUAUUUUGCAGUUGCAAUUUUUGAAAAAUCUCUUAAGAGAAUUGAGAGAAGAUUGCUAGGGUAAAUACAUGCAUGCUUUUUUUCUUUAAAAACACUAAGAAAAUUAUGUCUUCUGUUUCCUUCUCUGUACAUUUUGUUUCCCCAGAAUACAGGGAAAUCCCUCUCAAAUAUUAAUUUAUUCCAAUAUUGUUAAUUGUUUAAUUUAGAAGAGAUUUGAUGCUAGGUGGAAGAAAAAGUCACUUGAAUUUUAUUAUUGGUUCUCUGUACUCUAAGUACUCAAAAGAGGAAAUAGUGAUGAUUUUUUUUUUCUCCCUAAGAUGAUGCCUGGUAUCUAUUUGUACAUAUACUGAAUAAUUUUAGAAAACAAAUCUCUGUUUCAGAAUUUUUAAUGACAGUUUUUCCUUGCAUUGACCAAAUAUAAAACCUACUUUACACUAAUAAAACUCUCUAAUACAUUUCUGAAGAGGAGAAAAAAAAAAAGGCUGCUGUACUCUCACUUCUCACCGUAUUUAGCCUAAUUAUUCACAGUGUCGGAGAAACUGAGCCAUCUAUCUGGUGAAAUGUUUCCAGCUGCUGUGGUAGUGACAUAGUUCUCAGCUUUGGAACAAGAAAGUGCCAGUCUUGGCUACAGUGUGACAGUGAAGUGAUAAAGCAUUAGGACUAGUAUUUUAUUAAAUAGUAAUUGAAUUUGACAUCAGUAAUGCUGUAGCAUGUGAGCGGUACUCUGCAAGCAGAAGGACUGCUUACUCAGAAACAACUUUAUUGUCUCCUGUUGUCAGUUCUCAGAUAGUUAGGCAAAGAGCUUUAGGAAAAACACUUUCUGAACUCUAGGUUAAUUGUCUGACUACAAACAAACUGUAAAGUGUGCACAGUUCUGCUUUAGUUGGAAUUUUUAGUUUGAAAAAUAAAUUUUAGAACAGCUUCUUUAUUAUAUGUUUGAGAUAGUAAUGGGAAAAGAUUAUAAAUUAAGGCUUUUGAGACUGUUGUUGUGGAGACUAGUUUUGUUUGGCUUUACACAGCUUUCCUCCUAGUUACACAGGUGGUGUCAUGCACCAAUCCAUCUGAGCCAUCAGUGCAGUUUCAGUGGUCCAUCUUUCACAACUCAAUUCAGAGCAGAAUUAGGAGCUUAGGGCUGUAUCUGCUGCUUUCCUUCCGCAUAAUUUCCAUAAUUUCUUGCAGCAGGUGAGCAGGUAUCCCCUUGGGUCUCAUGGUGGGAGGGUGCUGAGUCCGUUGAGGUUACACAGAGCAGGGUAACCCUCUCAGUAGCUUCCCUGAGACAAGACCAGGAGUUACAGAUGAGAGGCAGAAGGAAUUAUGAUUUUUUUUAUCUCCCUCUCUCCCUCUCUCCCUCUCUCCCUCUCUCCCUCUCUCCCUCUCUCCCUCUCUCCCUCUCUCCCUCUCUCCCUCUCUCCCUCUCUCCCUCUCUCCCUCUCUCCCUCUCUCCCUCUCUCCCUCUCUCCCUCUCCCUCUCUCCCUCUCUCCCUCUCUCCCUCUCUCCCUCUCUCCCUCCCCUUCUCCUGAAGCUAACACAGUGGUAAAGAAAAUGCACUAUUUUUAGUAAACUUCAUGUCUUGUAAAACAUUUCCUCCUUCUUGGAAUUGAAUUCCAAUGGAUAAUCUAAUAAUGUGCCUGUAAGCGUUACUGCUUUCUUAAAUUAUUAUUUGUGCCAUUGCACUGGCAUUGUGACUAUCUAAACAUCGUUAAACUGGUGUUCAUAGCUGUUCUCACAGCAAACACUGGUUACUGGUUUACUUUUCUCAGCAAGCUGGUUUAAGAACUUCUCGUGCGCUUGCGGCCAUGUGUUCCCUUUUUGUGCUCCAGUUCAGUCUCUCUCUUUGUGCCAGUGCAACUGCCUGUAGCAGUAUGCUAAAUACUGGAUCAGUGAAAAAACUGCUUGGUGGUUAGCGUUUGGGGGUUUCUUGUAAACAUGUUAAUUUGAGUGAUCCAGUUUCCACUGCGGUUGAAAAAAUUAUUUAUAUUGGCAUAACUAAGGAGUGAACUGCAGUAAAGAGGGUUGGCAGUAUGGAAACUUCUUAAAUGGACUUUGUCAUGGGAUAAAACAUUUGUGGAAGUUCACCCGUCUCCUGUGAAAUGCUUAUCAUGGUUAGAAGAUGGUUAUGAAAAAUUGUUUUCUCAAGCAGAUAGGUAGAUACUUUCUGUCAUUAAAAUGGGUUUGCAGCUUAAUAAACCAAUUCAUGUUCUGUCUGCCUGUUCCACAGCUGUUGAAAUAGAAUAGUUUUUAAGAUUCAUUUCAUUUAGCUUGAGUAUUAUAAAAUGGCUGCAGUGUAUAACUACUCCAUUUUAUAUAUUAUGUAAAAAAGAUUGUUUUCCAUGUAAAUAAACCUUUAAAGAUUAUCCUCCUUCAUAGUAAGUAUCCCAGUAAAACUGGUCUACUUGUCUUGGAGUAAAGUAUAAUAUAUUACUGGUUAAAGGUAAUUUAAUCAAGCCUGCCUUACCAUUCGUGAAGUGUGCAGAGAAAAUAAUGUCAAAUCUUCAUUAAAUUGAUAGUCAAAAUUGCCUUUUUAUCUGAGUAUAUUUCUCCUCUGCCUGCAUCAUAUUAUGUUAUAUUCCUGUUUAAUGCUGUAACUGGUCUUUAGCCAAUGUGGUUUUAAAAAAAAAAAAAAAAGGCGUCUGUAAGGGCACCAUGGUUCUAUACAAGCAAACCCAAUUGCUUUUAUUAAAGGAAAUUAUUGAGUCUUUUAAGGACAUGUGCAAGUACUGAAAUAUUAAAUAUUAUUUUGCAAUUUUAAACAAAUACAGGAAGAGCUCACAUCUUUAGAAUUUGGUAGAUGUUUCUGGCAUUUUCUGUUAUCUUGUGUUGGAAGUUGUUUGAAUUUUGCCACCUAUAUGCUGCAGUAUUACAUGUUUCCUUGCAAAAGUGCAGUGUGUUACAGUCCAAGUUCUCUGAGACAGUUAUCCGUGAAUGUUCACAACUCUCCAAUGUGCUAUGCCUUACCCAUGUUUUGAAACUUCAUGUUUCGUACAUAGAUUCAGAGUCUGGUGAGAUUCUUUAUAGCUGCUGCUUAAAACAUGGGUAUUUCACUGGUGACCUAUGAUGGGGAUUGGUUUGUACAGGCCAUUGAGAAGAGAGGCUCCUACCCAGCAGCUGUGGAAUUCUGCAGUAAGUUUUAGUUCAGGUGACUUUCACUUUGUAAAGCAUGAAAAUAAAUUUCUCUUAUGUACCCUGGUACACAUAUUAAUUGUAUUUAUAAAAUGUUCUAUAAUCCCGUAACUGUACUGUAAAUACUAUUUGAUAUUCAGUGGCAUUCUAUCCUAGGGCAGGCCCUCUUGCUGUAUCUUUUCUAUCCUCAAUUUGUAAUAGAAUCUAUAGAAUAUAUGGCUAGAAAGUCUCUUUGAGACUGACGUAUCUUCUGCUGUUGCAAAGCUGUGAGUGGGAAUGAUUUAUUUAGAUUCCUUUUAAUACUGUUCAGCUAAUAGGCAGUGCAGUGGGUGGUUUCUCAGAUGCUGCUGCUGUCACCCAAGAUACUAUUAGGCUUUGGUUUCACAUGUCUUUGGUGUUUCAGAUCAGACCUUUAAUCUGUUUGCUUUAAUUCAGCCAAAGCAGAAAGAUAAUAAAUUGGGUCAAUGUCAUGGUAAAAUGUUUGAAUGCCUUAAGAUGCUCUUGAUAAAGGCACUAUUCAAGUUUACUGAUUUAUAUAGAUCUAUGUAGAUCUAUAUAGAUAUAUUCCAUGUGUGUAUAUGUAUAUAUAAUGUCUUUUUUGUAUUAUAAAUAUCCUUCUGUCAGUUCUUUUGAAUCCUCCAAUUAAAUACAUAGACCACCACACAA